AUGUGUGAUCGCAGUCUCUACAGAUCUGGCUACGUUGGCUCUCUCUUGAAUUUGCAAUCGCCGGACUCCUUUUAUUUUCCUAAUUUGCGGACUAAUGGCAGUCAAUUGGCGGCUCUGCCCACCAUUUCCUACCCCAGAAGCUCGAUCCCCUGGACUUGCUCAAGUUCGUGUACCACUCAGCCUCAGAACCACGCUUUCAGCGGCUCCUCGCAGCCUUACCUUACGGGCUCUGUUCCAAUCAACAUCAAUUCCAACAGCAACAAAGAGUGCCUGGAAGAAAACAAUAAAUACUACGCCCACGAAGCAAGCUCCAAACAGGAGGAAAGAUGCAGGCAGAGGCUCUCCUUUGCCAAUGACCCAAGUAUUACUCAUCCAACCAACUUAAAGCCAGUGAAGUAUGACCACUCCAGCCUGCAAAGAAGUUUGCAUGGCUCAUCGGCUCUUUUUGAAGUGAAUUCCUCUCCUUCAAGCUUAAAGGAGGACUUCAAGAAUUCGGUCAACUUGAACCUGACAGUGCAGUCUGCAGCAGUCCAUUCAUGUCUGAGACCUUCAGUGCAGGAUGGUUUGCCUUGGUGUCCCGCCCAGGGGAGAUUAAGAAAGAAACGGAAACCUUACACAAAACAACAAAUUGCUGAAUUGGAAAACGAGUUUCUCCUCAAUGAGUUUAUUAACCGACAGAAGAGGAAAGAGCUAUCAAACAGACUGAAUUUAAGCGAUCAACAAGUAAAAAUUUGGUUUCAAAACCGAAGGAUGAAAAAGAAAAGAGUAGUAAUGCGUGAGCAGGCGCUUUCUAUGUACUAGACAAAUGUCUUGCCAUUCCUGUAAUGAACAUGUCUUUUGCAACUCUAGCGUAGAGUAUAUUCCCGAUGAAAACUUUAUUAUUAUUAUUAAAACAAAUUAUAGAAGUUCUAAGCAAACCUUUGGGGCUCUUGUAAAUUCGCAAAUAUUGAAUUAUUGGCCAAAACGAAGAAAGUAAACCCCUCAAAAGGCUACACUAAGACCUGUAUUAUCAGCUCUUAUCUUUAAUUUCCCUUUAUAAUAGAUUUUCUUCUACUUUUUUCUUUCCUUGGAGGAUG